AUGGUAGCGCGUAUCCAACGGGUAUGGCUCAUCUAUUUAUCUCUUUUGAAAGGACUGGUAGUAGACGAGGCUCACCCUGGAGAUGCACCAAUUCCUGUGCCCUAUAUAUCCAACCUCGGAGAGCCGCUAAAGGCUGGACAGACGAUAGAUAUCCAUGGAAGAAUAGAUACUGAUGCUAACAGAGUUGAAAUCAAUCUUCUCUAUGGUGCACCUUUGAUUGAUCCUGGAGUGUGUGUUCUUCACAUCAACCUUCGCUUUGACGAAAAUAAGAUAGUUAUGAACAGCUACAUGAGUGGAGCGUGGGGAAAAGAAGAACGCGUAUCGAUGCCAUAUAAGCAAGGAGAGGCGUACGAUCUCAAAAUUAGAGUGCAUGAAGAUGGGUUUGAAAUCUGGUGUGGUGAGAAAAAAGUUCAUUUCUACAAACAUCGCAUGGGUUACGAUGCCACUGACUAUCUUCAAAUUAAGGGUGACUGUACUUUGUCUGGAGUUCACUGGGGUGGAAGGUACUACAAUAUCCCAUGGGAAACAGCCUUCCCGGAUGGAAGUCUGCGAGCGAGUCAAAGCAUCCUGAUGCAUGCUAUUCCUAAAGGUGACCGUUGGAAUUUGGACCUUCUAGGUAGAGGUAAAGAUAUCUUGUUCCAUUUCAAUCCCAGAUUCAAAGAGAAGCAGAUUGUUCGAAACUGCUGGAUAGGUGGUCAGUGGGGUAAAGAAGAGCGUGAAGGACCAUUUCCAUUUGAGAAAAAUCACGGUUUUGAUCUCAAAAUUGAAAAUGAACCCUAUUCCAUACAGAUCUUCGUAAACAACGAGCGCGUCGGCACAUUCGCACAUCGCACUCCUAAUCCAGCCGAGGACUACAUCGGAAUGAGGAUUGAUGGUGAUAUCGAAGUGACCAAUAUCGAGUUUGUAUAAUCGAUACUGAUCAAUAAUUGUUGCUUAAAAUAACACGUAUGCGCCGUAUUUUGCCAUGAUCUUUAUGUCCUCUUUUUUUUCCUUAAAAAAUUCCAUUUUAUUGC